AUGGACUUGAUUCCAAACUUUUCCAUGGAAGCAUGGACACUUCUGGCUACAUUUCUGAUACUCAUCUACCUGUAUGGGACUUCUUCUCAUGGACUUUUCAAGAAGCUAGGGAUUCCUGGCCCCAAACCUCUGCCUUUUGUUGGGACGAUGCUUAAAUAUAGGAAAGGCCAAACGAAAUUUGACAUAGAAUGUCAUAAAAAGUAUGGAGAUAUGUGGGGGCUAUAUGAUGGACUCCUCCCUGUGCUGAUCAUCACAGAACCAGACAUGAUCAAGAAAGUGCUAGUGAAAGAAUUUUAUUCUGUCUUCACAAAUCGAAGUUCUUUUGGUCCACCUGGAAUACUGGAAAAAGGUAUAACACGAUCUAAGAACAAAGAAUGGAAAAGAAUCCGGUCAGUGCUGACACCAGCCUUUAGUAGUGGAAAACUGAAGGAGAUGUUUCCCAUCAUCCAAGAGUAUGGAGAUGCAAUGGUGAAAAACAUGAGUCGGGUAGUAGAGAAAGGCAAGAGUGUUACCAUUAAAGACAUCUUAGGUGCCUACAGCAUGGAUGUGACCACUAGUACCUUAUUUGGAGUGAAAGUGGAUUCCCUCGACAACCCUCAGAAUCCCCUUUUGGAAAACACCAGAAAGCUUUUUGUGUUUGAAAUUUUCAAUCCAUUGGUUUUUUCUAUAGCACUCUUUCCAUUCCUUUCCAGAGUAUACAACAAACUUAACAUCUGCGUGUUUCCAAGUGAUGCUAUAUCAUUUUUUAAGAAAUUUAUAGAAAAGAUCAAAAAAGAUAGAGUUGAAUAUACCCAAAAGCACCGAGUGGAUUUUCUUCAGCUGAUGAUGAACUCCCAGAAUUCCAAAGACACGGAGUCCCAUAAAUCUCUUUCUGAUAUGGAGAUCCUGGCCCAAGCAAUCACAUUUAUUUUUGCUGGCUAUGAGACAACAAGCACUGCACUUUCCUUUAUUACAUAUUUACUGGCGAUUCACCCCGAUGUUCAGAAGAAACUCCAGCAUGAGAUUGAUGCAGUCCUGCCCAAUAAGGCACCUGCCACUUACCAAGCCCUGGUAGAGAUAGAAUAUCUGGACAUGGUGGUGAAUGAAACUAUGAGAUUAUAUCCAGUUAUUGGCAGGAUUAACAGACUCAGUAAAGAAGAUGCUGAAAUUAAUGGUGUGUUCAUUCCCAAUGGGACAUUGGUGACCAUACCUAUCUUUGUUCUUCACCGAGAUCCGAAAUACUGGCCAGAGCCUGAGGAGUUCCAUCCUGAAAGGUUCAGCAAGGAGAAUAAAGAAAGAAUCAAUCCUUAUACAUACAUGCCUUUUGGAUAUGGCCCUAGAAACUGCGUUGGCAUGAGGUUUGCUCUCAUCAACAUGAAGCUUGCAAUUGUCAAAAUCCUACAGAACUUUUCCCUGUAUUCUUGUGAAGAAACAGAGGUUCCCUUGAAAUUAAGUAAGAAACUGAUUCAUACUCCAGAAAAGCCUAUUGUUCUGAAGAUUAUACCAAGAAAUGGGGCCAUAAAUGAAGGUUGA